AUGACUUCAUCUUCCUCUGUCAACCAAGACGCCUUGGCAAAAUUCCAAAAAAUCAACGACUGGAACAACAGCUAUUCUCUUGAAGAUGAACUCAGCCAUUCUGAUUCUCUCCAUGACUCUACUGCAUCAUCAUUUGAUUUAUCCCUUUCCAAUACUUCCUUUUCCAGCCUGAACUCCCAUCAACCCGCUGCUGUGACCAGUAAAUACCAUGGCAAGUCGGCCCUGCGAAAGUCUCUCAAGGAAAAGUCACCCGCAUCCGUCGAGCGGGGCAUGCGAAAUCAAGGAUGGGUCGGUGGGCACACUCCUCACGGAAGUCAAAAGCCAAGACGAAGCUACAAGCUAAAGAAUCCCUCAGACGAAAUCUACUUGAAAAAGUAA